AUGGCUGCCCUACAGGGCCAGGUUGCCCGGUUCGUGCAAUCAGGAUCUCCAGAAGGGCUGGAGCCAGAGAUACAGCACUCCCUUGUUGCAGCCCUCCUGCAGGAGGAGCGCCCGCCGAGAUCGCCGCGGGAGUUAAAAGCUCCGAAGUCGGCGCCUUCUCGAGGAGGCUCGCGGCCUCCAUUGCCAAGACUGCAGGCAGCCGGAGUGGCAGCAGUGGGACGAGAGGCUGGGGCGCGACAGCGAUCGAACGACGAUCUGGUUGCAACCCUGGCUUCGCGGCUGGCCCAGGUGGAGCAGCAGAACAAGACCCUGAAGGACAAGCUGAACAGACAGACACAAGAGAUUGAAGAAAUGCGUUCGCAGUUGGCCGCACAGGGCGGAUAUCAGUCAUCAGGUGGUGGUUCCUUCGCCGAAGCUGCCGAAGCUGAAUGCAAGCAUCUGCGCAGGCAGGUCGAGGUGAUGAAGCAGCUGCUGGCAGAGCAUGGUCUCAUGUGGAAGCCAACAGCUUCAGCGGAUACUUCGGAAAUGCCGCCUGGAGGAGUCACGGUUGACUUCCAGGUCAUUCAGUCGCGAAUAGAGAAGCUCAAUGCCACCUUGGACGAUGCAUUUGGGAAGGAGAUUGUGAGCUCUGGUUGCCGUGGGCAUCUUCGCGACACCAAUCAACGUCUUCCGUUGACAUUUUUCAGUGAUGGUCUCAAGUUGGCGAAUUACGCCUUUGUGCCUUUUGCAAUGACUUCAGCACAAGAAAUCAUUCGAAAUCUUCUUGACGGUUACUUGCCGCGCGUCUUGCGGGAAGAUUAUCCAGAAGGCGUGGCGCUGCAGGCCGUCGAUCGCACCAAGCACAGCUUCCGGACCUGGCUAACGGACGCAGCUGGAGAUGCUGAACUUUGCGACGGGGGCGAUCGCUUGCAGCCUGCAGGAGUUCGGACCGUAAACAAGGACAGCCGCACCGCAUCAGAGCGAUUUGUGGCAAAGCUUCCUGAACGUGUCAUGCGAAAUGGUCAGGUCUGUCAGGUGCGUGCGGCGGUUGCUCAAAGGCUUGGGAUAGCAAAUCCGUCAGAUCGAAGCUCUUCUGCGCCACCCAGUUCUGAAGUCUCCUUGCUGCAGCCAGAUCGCCCGGGCAGCGCACCUGCUGCACGCUUGCAGGUGAAGCUGGAAGGCGGCCAAAAGGUGCUUCUGAAGAUGGAGUUUGGUGACACAGUGGGGGACCUCUGGCGGGCCCUUUCUGAGUGGCGCUCCAAAAAUAGGGUGGCUCGUGCUCGGCCAGGAUGUGUUCUCAGGACUGCCUUUCCACCGAAGUCAUACACAGACAGGACUGAAACUUUGGAAGCAGCUGGGCUCACACCAAGUGCCACACUAUUCGUGAGCUGCGAGGCAGUCGAUCAAGAGCAUCCUGCCUGA